GGCCCAAGGAUCUCCUCGCUGUGACCUGCACAGCAACCUGCUCCAGAAUGGGUGCGGGCCCAACCACAUCGAGUUCCCAACCAGCAGCGUAAAGAUCCUGGAGGACCGGCCCCUCAGCAACAAGGGCUCGGGAACCUCCAUCACCACCCAGAUGAGCCCCCAGAAAAUAGAGCUGCACUUGCGACCAGAUGACUCCCAGAUCUUUCGUGUCCAAGUACGCCAAGUUGAAGACUACCCCGUAGACAUCUACUACCUGAUGGACCUAUCCAACUCCAUGAAGGAUGAUCUGAGGAACAUCCAAAACCUGGGCACCAAGCUGGCCAGUGAGAUGCGCAAGCUAACCAGCAACCUACGCAUUGGUUUUGGGGCCUUUGUAGACAAGCCCAUUUCUCCCUACAUGUAUAUAUCUCCUCCACAAGCCAUCAUGAAUCCUUGCUAUGAGAUUGGUGAGACCUGCCUGCCCAUGUUUGGCUACAAACACGUUCUAGCGCUCACAGAUGAGGUGACCCGCUUCAAUGAGGAGGUGCAGAAGCAGAGUGUCUCGCGGAAUCGUGAUGCGCCUGAGGGCGGCUUUGAUGCCAUCAUCCAAGCCACUGUCUGCGAUGAGAAAAUUGGCUGGAGAAAUGAUGCUUCCCACCUKCUGGUCUUCACCACGGAUGCCAAGACCCACAUUGCGCUGGAUGGGCGCCUGGCAGGCAUCGUGCAGCCCAAUGAUGCCCAGUGCCACAUUGACAAAGAUAACUUCUACUCGGCUUCCACUACACAGGACUACCCUUCACUGGGCCUGAUGACUGAGAAACUCUCGCAAAAGAACAUCAACUUGAUCUUUGCUGUGACGGAUACUGUGGUUGGCCUCUACCAGAACUACAGCGAGCUCAUCCCGGGCACAACGGUGGGGACCUUGUCCAGAGAUUCCAGUAACGUCCUGCAGCUCAUUGUGGACUCUUAUGGGAAAAUCCGCUCCAAGGUGGAGCUGGAGGUGCGGGACCUCCCCGAAGAGCUGUCCCUGUCCUUCAAUGCCACCUGCCUCAAUGACGAGGUCAUCCCAGGGCUCAAGUCAUGCAUGGGGCUCAAGAUUGGAGAUACGGUGAGCUUCAGCAUCGAGGCCAAGGUGCGGGGCUGCCCGCAGGAGCGACAGAAGUCCUUUACCAUCAAGCCGGUGGGCUUCAAGGACAGCCUCACGGUGACGGUGAAGUUCCAGUGCAGCUGCUUGUGCGAGGCCGGCGCUGAGGCGGGCAGCGCCGCGUGCAGCCAGGGCAAYGGCACGCUGGAGUGUGGCGUGUGCCGCUGCAACGCGGGGCGCCUGGGCUCGCGCUGCGAGUGCUCCGAGGAGGAGUACAGCCCCUCGCAGCAGGACCGCUGCAGCCCCCGCGAGGGCCAGCCCCCGUGCAGCCAGCGGGGCGAGUGCGUGUGCGGGCAGUGCGUGUGCCACAGCAGCGACUUCGGCAAGGUCACGGGCAAGUACUGCGAGUGCGACGACUUCUCCUGCGUCCGCUUCAAGGGGCAGAUGUGUUCAGGCCACGGGCAGUGCAGCUGYGGCGACUGCCUGUGCGACUCGGACUGGACCGGCGACUACUGCAACUGCACCACACGCACCGACACCUGCAUGUCCAGCAACGGGCUGGUGUGCAGCGGGCAUGGCUCCUGCGUGUGCGGCAAGUGCGACUGCACCCAGCCCGGCUCCUACGGAGACACCUGCGAGAAGUGUCCCACCUGCCCCGACGCCUGCACCAUCAAAAAGGACUGCGUGGAGUGCAAGAAGUUUGAGCGGGGUGACUUCGUGGAGCAGCAGUCCUGCAAUCGCAUGUGCCGCGACGAGAUCGAGACGGUGCAGGAGCUUGGCGACAGGGGCAAGGACACCGUGAACUGCACGUACAAGGAUGAGAACGACUGCGUGGUGAGGUUCCAGUACUACGAGGACUCCAGCGGCAAGUCCAUCCUCUCUGUCAUAGAGGAGCCAGAGUGCCCGAAGGGUCCGGAUAUCCUGGUGGUCCUGCUCUCCGUGACGGGCGCCAUCCUGCUCAUCGGCCUGGCUGCCCUGCUCAUCUGGAAGCUCCUCAUCACCAUCCAUGACCGGCGGGAGUUCGCCAGGUUUGAGGAGGAGAAGGCCAGGGCCAAGUGGGACACGGGCCACAAUCCUCUCUACAAGGAGGCUACGUCCACCUUCACGAAUAUCACCUACCGUGGCAACAUGUGAGGAUGCCCAUGGCCACCCUGUCCCUUCCCAGCACUGGCCGUGGGACCAGUGAGGAGUGCGGAAGCCUCUGGAGUGGGGUUGACGGGACAGCUUGCAUGCUGUGCCUGUGUGCGAGUGCGCCUGUAAUUUAACAACCCCUCAACCAGCUCUGGGACCCUGCUGCCCAUUGCUGCUGUCCCGCGGGGAUGUCCUCUCCACGGUCAACAUCAUCUAUACCUCGACGGGCCGCCUUGGAGGCCCCUCCACGCACUGAACAAGGAGGAGGGGACUCUGGCUGCCUGGCAGGGCUGUGAAAGGUUGGGUGCUCAUGAGGCCAGGGGGAUUCUGGGAGCUCCCCACAUGGCCCACGCUGGAGAUGCUAUGCCUGCCCGGGGACAUCCCACGUUGAUCUGCUGGAUCCCUCAUGCACUGGACAGAUCUUCGUCCUUGCGGCUGCAAGAGCUCU